CCUAAAUUCUAUCGGCAGUGUUUCGAACGUAAGAUUUGCAGCUAGGUGAACUGGUUCCACCGUAGGUAAUCGGACCACUCACAGGUUGAUUUUUUAGUUCUCACUGGUCAUGGAGUGGCCUCGAUCCUUUCCUAUAGGUACCGUACGUGUCGGCACGCGGCAGCUUCAGUUCCGCUGACCCCACCAUCAAUCCCCAUUUUCAUGUGCAACCAAACAUGUCAUGCAUAUGUGCAUAUAUAUAUAUAUACACACAGCAAACUCACUGGGUGUUCAUCGCAUUGGCCGGUGCUGUAUCGUCUCGUCAGUGAAGUUUUGCGCCUUGCAGUACUGAGAGAAGAUGAGCAUGCUCAAGUCUUUCCCACACGGCCUCGGCGUGCCGGCACAGGGGAAUCCAAGCUGGUGCAGGAGCCGGGCUGCGACAAGAGGCGGCGGGAGAUGGGCCAGCUGCAAGGCCAACGCCUUAACAAAUUUCGAGGACUUGGUGACGGGGAUGCCGGCGCCUGAACAGGUGGAGGCGGUGCGGUGUCUGAACCUGGGCGGGUGGGUGGAGCAACAUCUGCUGCCGCUGCUGACCCCGGUUGACGAGUCAUGGCAGCCCAGCGACCUGCUCCCCUGCCUCUCCCUCUCUCCACGCUCCGCCGAGCAGCAGCAACAGGCGACGACGACGACGGAGGAGCUUCAGGCGCGAGCCGCGAGCGUGCCGGACGACGUGCUGGUGUGCCUGGUGGGCAACAUGGUGACGGAGGAGGCGCUGCCGACGUACAUGUGCAUGGGCAACAGGGCGGAGGCCGCCCACGACGCCACGGGCUGCAGCCCUGACCCCUGGGCGCGCUGGCUCCGCGGGUGGACCGCCGAGGAGAACCGCCACGGCGACCUCCUCAACCGCUACCUCUACCUCUGCGGCCGCGUCGACAUGCGCCAGGUGGAGCGCACCGUGCACCACCUCCUCCGCAACGGCAUGAGGAUGCCGGUGCCCCCCUCCAGCCCUUACCACAACGUCGUCUACGGGGCGUUCCAGGAGCGCGCCACGUUCGUGUCCCACUCGCGCGUCGCCAGGCACGCGGCGCGCCACGGCGACCGCUGCCUCGCCAGGAUCUGCGGCGCCGUGGCGGCCGACGAGAGGCGCCACGAGACGGCCUACGCCAGGGCGGUAGGGAAGCUGUUCGAGGUCGACCCGGACGGCAUGGCGCGGGCGCUGGCCGACGUGCUGCGCGCCAAGGUCACCAUGCCGGGGCAGUUCAUGACCGACGGCCGCGACGCCGACCUCUUCGCGCGCUUCUCGGCCGUGGCGCAGCGGGCCGGGGUGUACACGGCGAGGGACUAUGGCGACAUGGUGGAGCACUUCGUGCGGAGGUGGAAGGUGCCGGAGCUCGGCGGCGCGGGGGGGCAGAUGUCCGGCGAGGGGAGGCGCGCGCAGGAGUACGUGUGCGGGCUGCCGCGCAAGAUCCGCAGGAUGGAGGAGCUGGCCCACGACCGCGUCACCAAGGCCGCGAAAGAGCCCGAGUUCGCAAGGUUCAGCUGGAUCUUCGACAGGCCUGUCUGCAUCAGGGCCUAAUCCUCAUAAAUCCUUGAGCUAAAGUUCUAUCGGGGUCAUGAAUAACAGGCAGCAGCGUCAGCACCACUGCACCAGGAUGAUCGUUGUCAUGAAUAGUCUACGUACCUACAUUAUCGUGUUACUAGCACAUAUCAGUACUAGUGAUUGGAGUCGAGCUUACUGGCCGCAACUUACAUUCAAGUGUGUAUGUGUGUUAUUUGGCCAAAUAUCAAUCACAUUUGAACGCACAUGAUCAAAAAUUUA